AUGAGUUUCUUCAAAUUUGUCUUAUUGUCAAGCUUAACUAUUGGUGCUUUCGCUUGGGAUAUUGUUGAAUCAAAUCAAACAGAUGCUUACCAGUAUCUCAACCUUGUUAGAUGUUUAAAUUCAAAUGAACCUACUUCAAAUACAACUGUUGGUUUAGAUUCAGAUGAUAUUUUGUUUUUCAAUAUCAAUGCUAAAGAUUCUAACCAUUCAACUUAUGUUUUCGAUAGAUGUCUUGAUGAGUAUGCAAAUUCAACAUUGAUUCAUUAUAUUAUCAACGGGGAUCAAAAUGAAACAAUGAUAAAUGCUACACAUAUUUCACAAAUUCAAAAUGGUUCUGAAUUAUUUUCAAAUUGUGGUAAACCAAAUUUCAUUAAUGAUCAAAAAUCAAGUUUAAACUUAACUAAAAGACAAAAAUAUUCAAAUUAUUAUGAAAUGAAAGUUUCAGAUACAAAAAAUGAUGAUUGUAAAGCAUUUAUGCAAUUUGAUUCUACAACAGAUGUUUGUUAUGAUAAUCAUGAUGUUCCAUUUGAAGCAUUUCAUGUUAAUAAUCCAAAUGUCUUUACAGGCUUGAAGUAUAUUGUUUGGGAUAGUCAUCAUGAUUGUAAAGAUGGUAAUGGUCAUACAUAUACCUUACCACCAAAGUCAGCUUCUAAAUGUACUAAACGUAAAGUUGUUUCAUGGUUUGCUACAUUGAAAGCUGAUGAAUGUUAUGAUGAUCCUAAAAAAUGUAUUGGUAUUCAUGUUGAUCAUAGUUGGGCAGGAACUUAUGAAUCUGGUAAAAGGUUAACUUUUUCAGAUAAAUAUUAUCCUCAUUUUUAUAAUGAUCUGAGUAAUCAAUAA